ACAGACUUCCGGUUUGAAAAAAUUGGACUGCUGUUUAUUCUUGUGAUCAAGCCAGAAGGGAACCACAAAACGGGACUCGUUUUAGCACUCCACCACGGUAGACAUGUCCGGGAUCGGGAACAAAUUCAGUUCUUACUCUUUGACACAGUUAAACGAAUUGCUGGAAGACGAUGAAAAGCUUAACAGUAUCGUUCAAGAAAUGGAGGAGGUGCUGGAGGUCCAGCGGUCCAAGGAGAUGACCCUGGUGGAGAACCGCACGCUGGCCGAGCAGAACCUGGAGCUCCAGCCCAGGCUGGACUGCCAGAAGAACGAGCUGACCAAGCGCUACCGCUGCCUGCAGGAGCUGUUCGAGGCCUACCAGGUCCGCAAGUCCACCCUGGAUCAGUGCUCGGGGAGCAAUUCUCUGGACACCCUGCUGGCCCUGCUGCAGGCUGAGGGAGCCAAAAUCGAGGAGGAGACGGAGAACAUGGCCGACUCCUUCCUGGAGGGGGAGAUGUCGCUGGACGCCUUCGUGGAGGGGUACCAGAGCAGCCGGAAGCUGGCGCACCUGAGGAGGGUGAAGAUCGACAAGCUGCAGGAGAUGGUGGUGGCGGGACAGAGGGUCCCGCAGAGCCCCGCCCCGCCCGCCCGUCUCCCGGAGGCGCCCCCCGCCGCGCCCCUCUCCUUCUUCGCUGGGGCCAACGGCUCCCCCGUGCCCCAGCCCCGCAGGGCGCCCCCUCCCCCGCCCGCCCAGCCCCCCCCGGCGGUCGCCCCCCAGGCCGCCCCCGGGCUCCCGUACCCCGUCACCCCCUACCCCCAGAUCCCGCCCCGGGCGGGGCAAACGGCCGGCUACCCCGCCCCCUCCGUGCCCUACUUCCCGCAGUACCCGCAGCGGCCCCCCCCUCGCCUGGCCCCCCAGCCCGGCUUCAUCAUGCAGUGACGGGCUCCGGUCCUGCAGGCCCCCGUGCGUGUCUGAGGAUGAUGGGGGGGGGGGUGGGG